CGACGACAAGACGUCCCCGUGCCAGGCCUAGAAGAGGGGAAUCAUAAAUAUAAGAUACCACGGCUUCUAGCUUCUAUACUCCACUCAGAUCGGCCCAGCUGCAUCCGAAGAUGUUCCUCUUCUUGGUCUUCCUGGCGUGCUCAGGGAGUGUUCUCAGUUUCGAGGACUUGGAUGACAGCUACUGGAGACAGAAAAACGUAGAAGACCUCCAAGCAACUUUGAACCUGAAGCAUAAUUUUAAUGUAGCUAAAAAUGUCAUUCUUUUUAUCGGAGAUGGGAUGGGACCCUAUACUGUUACAGCUGCAAGAAUAUAUUCCGAGGGAGAGACUGGGUAUCUUUCAUGGGAAAGAUUUCCCCAUAUAGGAGGAAUAAAGACAUACACAAAUGAUUACCAAGUACCUGAUUCAGCAGCCACAGCAACUGCGAUUUACACUGGAGUAAAAGUUAAUCAAGGAACUUUGGGAGUUGAUGUAUCAGUGAAAAGACUUGAUUGUAACGCAAGUCUUGUAGAAAAAAGCCAUCUAGUAACACUGGCAACAUUGGCGCAAGAAGCAGGGAAAGCAACAGGUAUCCUGACCACAACUCGUGUAACUCAUGCAACUCCAGGAGCCAUGUUUGCACACACUCCAGAGAGGGAUUGGGAAUGUGAUUCUGUGGUACCAGCUGGGUGCAGAACUAAAGAUGUUGCUAGGCAACUUGUUGAGGACAAUCCUGGAAAACGUUUCAACGUAAUUAUGGGUGGUGGCAGACAGGUGUUAAAAGCAAACACUCCAAACUAUACUUACGACCCAAUAUUAUCUGGUGGUGACAACUGUAUCAGAACAGACGGACGGGAUUUGAUAAACGAAUGGGCGCAAGACAAAGCAGCAGAAGGAGCACGAUAUGCCGUGGUGGAGAAUGCCAAGGAAUUGUCAAAUGUUGACACUGAAAAUACUGACUACUUACUUGGAAUAUUCUACAAUAGUCACUUCCCUCUCGACCAUUUGAGAAACAAGACAGAAUAUGGCGUACCUUCAUUAGAACAAAUGGUGACGAAAGCUGUCAAAGUCCUGAAGAAAAAUGAAAAUGGAUUCUUUCUAAUGGUCGAAGGAGGCUUAAUAGACAAAGCACACCAUUUGGGCAAAGCACGAGCAGCUCUUGACGAAGUCGUCGAAUUGAACAAAGCAGUCAAUGCGACGAUGAACUUACUGGAAACUGCUGGGAUCAAAGACGAUACUCUCGUCAUUGUCACGAGCGACCAUUCUCACACACUCACUAUCGUCGGCUAUCCGAGUAGAGGAUCCAAUAUUUUAGGUGUUGCAAGUAAAUCAAGGAUUGAUAAUAUUCCAUUCACCACUCUGAAUUACGUCAACGCCAAAAGAGGAAACUUCCAUUACAAAGUUGUGAAUGGACAAGUUGAACGUGAAGAUCCAUCUUUGGUAGAUACGACAUCUUAUGAUUACGAUGUUCCUGCCGCCAUAUUGGAUAAUCAGAAUAGCCACGGAGGAAGCGACGUCUUCGUCUACGCUACAGGUCCCCAUUCACAUCUCUUCCAUCACAUACAUGAGCAGACUUACAUUAACACUGCCAUCAAAUAUGCUUUACGCCUGGAAGAAUUCUCUCAUGCUGAACCAGCCCAACAAACCCAACAAACAUCAGGAUCUUUGAAAUUCCUACCAUCUGUGAUACUCUUAUUUUUAGUACAAAUAUGUUUUCUAAUUUGGAAAUAAAAAUAAAUAAAUGAAGUUUUAAAAAACUUCACUAUCAUCUGGAACAUAUUAAAAAGAAAUGUUAAUAUGAUGUAUCCUUAUCAAAAAAGACUGUUCAAAUAGGAGUAAUAAGUUAUUUAUAAAAAUGAUUUUUAUACAAUGUAGUUUCAUUUCUUUCAAUAAAAUGAUUUGUUUAGUUGUUUGUAGAUGA